AUGGACGCUGUCAGUAUAGAAAUUCCGCUUUUAAUAAAAAGCCAUCGAUGUCUCCAUUACAGCUACUUUAUAUUUGGUAUUCGUGCCGUCCUUGUUGUUGCCUACCUAACUAACUAUCUAGAGCCAUAUUAUCUUUGGGAUUUUUUAAACGUACAUGAUAAGAGUCCAGAGAUCAAGUUUAGCAGAGCUUCCGCGACACUUCCCCUUGGAACUAACUUUAAGGUGGUUUUUCGAGCAUACUUUGAUUUUUGGCCACGAACUACUUCUUUUGUCCUUCUCGACAAUAUUUCUGUAACAGAAGGAAUUUGUAAGACAUGCAGCCCUGAUGAAUUCAGAUGCAGUGAUAAACGGGAUGAAUGUAUCCCACUAGAUAAAGUUUGUGAUCUGAAGUCUGACUGUCUGAAAGGAGAGGACGAGGCGCUUUGUGAGAAGAAUAUCAGUAAAUCCCUAUGCAGACAAGACCAGGCAUUGUCUUUCCAGAAUUUAUCCAGACGGUCUGAGCCAGCUUCAUACUAUGAAACAUUUACACUUGAUUUAAGCCACAAUCGUUUAACAGCAUGGCAUAUUCUGUCUUUAAUUCAAAUUUUACAUCUUCAGCAUAAUUUGAUAGUCUCUAUAAAUUACACCAUUGACCUUGGGUUAUCCGAUGCUCAACUUCAUUAUCUUGAUUUAUCGUAUAAUAAGAUUGAAAGAAUAGUCAAUGAUGAUUUAGCUGUAUUAAACAACCUUAUGUAUCUUAAACUACAACAUAACUUUAUAAGUUAUGUUCAUCCAAGAGCAUUUUUAAAAUUAACUGAGCUUAUAUAUUUAGAUUUAUCAAAUAAUGAACUUAGUGAUUUGGAACGCAGUCAUUUUAUUCAUCUCUUAAAUCUUCGCUAUCUUUAUCUUCAAAACAAUAAACUAAGGGUAAUAGAAGGAAUGUUUGAUGGUCUCAUGAAUAUUCAGUAUCUGCAGGUCGAUUCCUACACCCUUUGUUGUGCACAACCAAAGGCUGUCAGUAAAAUUCAGUGUUUGGCACCCGUGAACGAAAUCUCCUCCUGCAACGAUUUAAUAGACACCCCUCUCCUAAGUAUAGCAAUAUGGUACAUGGCCCUUCUAGCUGUCUUUGGAAAUUUAUUUGGAACAUGCCAUAAAUUGCUCUUGCUGAAUAAGAAUUCAAGUACAAGUAAACCGUUUGAUAUUCUUUCUAUAAAUCUUGGUUUCGCUGACUUUCUGAUGGGUGUGUAUCUUUACAUCAUAGCGGGAGCUAACUUGAAAUUCAGCGAUCGCUAUGGUUUUGAAGAUUUCUCGUGGAGAAAUAGUCCUUUAUGUACUUUUGCUGGUGUUUUAGCUACUCUUUCUAGUGAGGCUUCCGCUCUUUUUGUACUUUUUAUCACCAUUGACAGAAUGUUGGCCAUUCGAUUUCCAUUUGCGAUGCUAAAUAAGAAAAUUAAGAUUGCAAAGACCGUUUCCAUGUUAGUAUGGACAGUUUCUUUCCUGCUGUCAUUGCUUCCCUUAUUUGGGAUUGAGUACUUUGAUGGUUAUUACUCCGGUUCUGGAGUGUGUAUCUCUUUACCUCUAUCAGUUCUUCGGAAACCUGGAUGGGAAUAUUCUAUGGUACUCUUCGUGGGGGCAAACUUUGUCAUCUUCAUCAUUGUUCUUCUUGGGCAAAUUUUCAUAUUAACGGAUGUUGCUCGGUUUGAAAAGAAAUCGUGCCAACAAUCGUUUUCCCAAAAACGAACAGAAAUAAAACUAGCAAAAUCCCUAAUGGCUGUUGCAGUUACAGAUGUGCUGUGUUGGAUUACGAUUGGGACUAUAGGGUUUCUGACAUUUAUGGGAAUUGAUGUCACGAAUAAGGUGUACGCUUGGGUAAUUGUCGUAGUUCUCCCUAUAAACUCGGCACUUAAUCCCCUUAUCUACCUGUUGUCUGUGAUAUUGAACCGUGGUGAUGAAGAGGUAUGUAGUUCUAAAACUGAUAAACAGGUACAAUGUUCUAAAUAUAGUCAUUGUCGUAGUUCUCCCUGUAAAUCUUAUCUACUUGCUGGUUGUGAUUUUGAACCGUAA